GGCGCGGCCGCUGGGAGGUAGCUGGCUGCAUUAUGCGGCCCCUGGACAGCGCUGGGGCCACGGAGCUACAGGAGCCCGGUCUGCCGCAGACAGACGACACGCUCCCGGGCGCAAGUGAGGAGCUGGCCGCCGCCGAGGAUGUGGGAACACCGGACCCCGACUCAGGCUGGUGCUGGCUGUGCCGCUCCUCGCCGUGCGGCUCGCGCACGCAGCCUGAAGCCAAGAAGAAAGCACCCUGUCCUGGACUUGGCUUGUUUUACACAUUAUUGUCUGCCUUCCUUUUCUCAGUGGGCUCUUUAUUUGUUAAAAAAGUGCAAGACAUCCAUGCUGUAGAAAUUAGUGCAUUCCGAUGUGUGUUCCAAAUGUUAGUCGUUAUCCCUUGCUUAAUAUACAGAAAAACUGGGUUUAUGGGCCCAAAAGAUCAACGAAUCUUCCUCCUCCUCAGAGGAGUCCUCGGUUCUACCGCCAUGAUCCUUUUAUACUAUGCUUACCAGACAACGUCCCUCGCUGAUGCCACGGUUAUCUCGUUUAGCUGUCCAGUGUUUACAUCUAUAUUUGCCUGCAUAUUUCUCAAGGAAAAAUACAGCCUUUGGGAUGCGCUCUUCACCGCAUUCACCAUCAUCGGAGUGAUCCUCAUCGUGAGGCCGCCAUUUUUGUUUGGUCCCGACCCUGCAGCAGAGGAUAAGAGCUAUUCAGAUCACCUGAAGGGCACAUUCGCAUCAGUUGGACAUGCUGUGUUUGCCGCCUUUAGUCUAGUUAUCCUCAGAAAAAUGGGAAAAUCUGUGGACUACUUUUUGACCAUUUGGUAUUAUGUCAUACUUGGCCUCUUGGAGACCGUCAUCGUCCUCUUAAUAUUAGGAGAGUGGAGUCUGCCAUACUGUGGGCUGGACAGGCUUUUUCUCAUACUAAUUGGCCUGUUUGGUUUGGGCGGUCAGGUGUUUAUCACCAAAGCCCUUCAAAUCGAAAAAGCAGGAUUAGUAGCACUAAUGAGGACUAUGGACGUGGUUUUUGCUUUUAUCUUUCAGAUUAUUUUCCUUAAUGAUGUACCAACGUGGUGGACGGUGGGUGGCGCACUCUGUGUAAUAGCCAGCAGUGCUGGAGCGGCCCUUCGUAAGUGGUGCCAGAGUUCCAAAUGAAGCAUAAUUGCUGAAAUGUGUAUUUUUUUACAAGUACACCGUCACCCAGUCCAAAUACAGCACACAUGCACACACCUGGAAAAUCUGCAUUUACUUCACUGAUUAUAUUUAAUAAAUUUUAUAGCUAAAGUUCCAUUUUUAAAUAUGGUUAUGUCUUCAAUUAAUGAAGCAGAGCCCAUUGGUUUGGUCUAGUGAUUUUUUGUUCAUUUCUUUGUUUUUUUGUUAGGGUGGCAUUGGUAAGAGGACAGUUCAUUAGUUAAAGAAACACUGCAAAAAUUUUUAUGACUCUAAUAUAAAUAUAUGUAAUUUUUUAAAGUGUAUUUUUGGUAAUGAUGGAAUAUAGGUGGGGAGGAAAUUUUAGAUGGCCUUUUAGCAGUGUAGAGGCUAAGGAACUUACUGCUAUGAUUAGUGAUGUGUUGGAAAUUCAUUUGAAACAUAAUUCCAGUUAGGAGGCCAAAGCUGAAACUUGGAAUAGGUGCCUACAUAAUGGUGUUAAUAAUACAAUUGAAUGGGCCUUAUAUUCAAGGCUUUUAUAAAUGAUUACCAUUCUUUUAACCCAUUUUGUGCCUUUUCAUUUCAGAAUUUUUCUAUGUAAACUUUUGAAAAGUCUUUAAAUCACCAAAUUUGACUAAUAGUUUCUCUUUCAGUGGCAUAGCAACUGUAACUAUCAUUCUGUAAUUUAAAUUUUGUUUUUUUUUUUAACUGCACUAAGGUUUUGUGGUGUUUUUUUUUUUCUUUUUUUAAAUUAUAAGAGAGAAACCUUGGCAUGGCCAAUGUAUUCAUUUCCAUUCUAAAGUGUUUUCCCCUCACUAGAAAUAUGAUUUUUUUUCUAUAAAUUCCCUUGAAUUUACAGUUUGAUGCCAAAUAAAAUUUUCUCAGGAUUUUAUUAGAUUGAACCAUUUGAAAUUGCUGAGAUUUUACCUUUCUAACUUAGAAAAACUAGUUUCUUAUGGUUCACCCUAAUAGAUACCUCCUUUCCCCUCUAAGCUAGAUGCUUAGAGGACUUUGGAGUACAUAUUUUUAAAACAACUUUUUAAAGUACAGUAAUACUAUUAAACUUAUUUUUAUAGUCUUUUUCCCUUAUGGGAUUACAUGUAAUAAUGCUUACUGUUAUAUGUUAAAUGUAAAGACCUGCGAAUUGCAUGGUUGGUUGACUUUUGAAGUUCUUUGAAUAGAAAAAAAAAUCAUUGUUAAAUUCUGGUGUGUCAGUACGAUAUUAAAUGUCAAUGCUGCAGCAUGAUAUUAACAUCAUGAAUUCAAACAACAAAUUUUAUAUCUGGAACUUCAUCAGGCCAAUAUUCUGCAGUUAAAGAGAACUGAAUAUUUAGGAAAGCUUGGGAAUUUAAUCAGGAAGUGGAGAAUACAUGCAGAUGAUUUUUUGUCACAAUGAACCCUUUGUUGGUAAAACUAUAAUGGUCUACAAUUCUUUGUCAGACCUAGCAUCUAAAAUUAUCUUAAGCCUGCACAUUUGAAAGAUUAUAGGUUCUUUCCCACCCUUUCAUCACAAUUCUUCUAAAGUAAGAAGGAACCUAUCUUCUGAGGUUUAUGUCUCAGUAAGAAAGGACCUUCUCUAAUAGUUCCAAGAAAGAACUUUUGGCUUAUUGAUCAUCCCAAAUGCUUAUCAUCUGACAAAUCCUAAAUGAAGUAUAUUUAGGAGAGUUACACUACCAUCACUUUAGCCUAAUUCACAAUAUUGGAGUUUAGAGUUGCAAAAGCAUACUUUUGCAAGCACUGUAGAUAAUUAUAGAAUCAGAGCAUUUAGAGCCCAACCAUUAGAAAUCCUCUUAUGGAAGGCACACUACAUAGAUAGGGAUGCUGGGGAGGGGACGCGCCCAACAUGGGUUUUCAUGGCCUUCUCCUCCCCCUUGGUUCCAUGAUAAAGUAUGCAAAGUAAACCACUGUUUGACCUACCUAAGGCAAAUUAACUCUCAGGGCACCCUCUCCUGGUUCUUCACCUUGCACAAUAAAAGAACCUACGGGGCCUUGAAUGAUAAGUCCCUUUGGGCCUGUAAACUAGAGAUGUUCUAUAGUGUGGUUUAAACACUUGGUUGUCAUAAUAUAUGACCAAGGUUGGAGAAGAUGUUUCUUCUCCCAACUUUUAUGGAGUGUGGUUCUUAAAACACUUUUAUAAUGUCCAAGGUAUACACAAAGAUAUGUAUUGUAACAGUUAUAGGUGUGUAUUUUUUGCAAAGAUUAUAGUUUCUCUAUCUUGAAAAGGGAAAUAUUUUCAUAAAUUGUUUUUAUUUUAUAAAUACUAAUAAAAUA